AACAACAUAUCAAUGACAUUUAACUCGUGAUAAAAAUUUGGUUAUUGUUAAUUUUUGGUCAAUUAUGUGUUGAAGGUUAAUGCGAUUCAAUGUAUUAUGAUUGAAUACAAUGUUUGAGCAUUCAGUAAAGGUACCAAGACAUUAUAAAGUAGCAGCAAACAUUUUUAAAAAAGCUUUUACCGAAGGCGGCAGCGUCAAAAGUUUGUUGUACGACGAAAAACUUCGGCAUUUUAGAACAAAUGUGCUUUAUGCUCUUAUUACGGAAACUAUAAAACAUGCUGCCGAGAUAAAUAAGAUUUUUGAAAGUUGUCAAAUUUUGACGAAAGAACCGCGUUUAGAUCCGUGGUUGGCAAAAGUUCUUGCCGUAGAACUGCUUUAUGGAAAAAAAGCACUGCCAGGGAAAAGCAAACCUGAACAAACAAUAUUAUCUUACAAAGAACAGUUCGAAAAGAUCAAACCACAACCUCAAGAUGAAUCGAAUACAAAAGUUGUUCGCAGACCACGAUAUGUGCGUGUUAACACAAAUCUAUUAGCCACUUCUGAUGCCAUUCGAGCCUUUCAAGAUGAAGGUUACAGGUUCAUCAGAUGUACGUCCGGCUCAUACAACGACUACCUUCAGCAAAUUCAAAGUCUCACAGAAUAUGACUUCACUCAAGAUUAUCAUGUAAAAACCAUGUUUGUGUUUGCUCCUGGAACUAAGUUAUAUGAACAUGACUUGUAUUUGGAAAAUCAGAUAAUUUUGCAGGAUAAGGCCACAGCUUUAGCAGUACACUUACUAGCACCUCCACCAGGUAGUGUAGUAUUAGACAUGUGUGCUGCUCCUGGUAUGAAAACUACACAACUAGCAGCUUAUUUACGAAAUCAGGGAAAGAUUUAUGCAAUCGAAAGAAAUGAAGAAAGAUACAAUACUCUAUGUGAUUUUGUUGAGAGAACUGGGUCUAAAUGUGUAGAAACUUUGAAUAAGGAUUCCUUGGAGAUAAAGAGGGGUGAUUAUGAUGAUGUUGAAUACAUUCUUCUAGAUCCAAGCUGUUCGGGAUCAGGUAUGGAUCUACAUGUUCAUAACUACAUCGAUAAUACGAGACUAGCUAGAUUAACAUCACUUCAAGAAAAGUUCUUAAAACAUGCAAUGAAUUCGUUUCCAAAUGCAAAACGAAUAGUAUACAGUACCUGUUCACUCUUUCCUGAAGAAAAUGAGAGGGUUAUAACAAAUAUUGUUAAGGCGUCAAGAGCUAAAUGGAGGGUUCAAGAUGUAAAAGAACUUUUAAAAGACCAAUGGAAUAAUUUUGGUUCAGGAAUGUAUGGCAGUAUUGGAACUAGAUGUCUAUAUGCCAUUCCAGAUUCCGACUUUACGACAGGAUUCUUUUUAGCGGUGUUAGACAGGGAUCCUAAAGAUUUGGAAAAAUCUCAUGAACAUGAGAUAAAUGGUUCACCAUUAGCUGAAAAUAAACAAAAAAAUGGCAAAACUAAAUCUAAAAAUAAAGAUGGAAAUGUUAAAGAAACGGAAAUUAAUAAUGAUGGUGGGGCGGCAGAAAAAAAUGAUCGUAAGAAGGUUAAAAAAGAACGAGCUUCCAAAACAGAAGAAAGUGAUCAGAUGAAUAUUAAAUUAAAUAAUUUUGAAGAACUAAACAAAAAACGUAAAAAGAAGAAAAGAAGCAAGGAAGUUACAGACAUAGAUCAUAUUGAUCUUAAGACUAUUAAUACUGAAGUAAUGUGUGAUGAAAAAACUGAAAUUAAUACUGAAGUACCAGAAAAGAAGAAAAAACAUAAAAGAAAACAAAAUCCAACUAUAGAUGACGACAGUCAAGAGAUUGAGAGGGCCGAUGACGAAGUUAAUUAUAUUGUUCUUGAAAGUCCAACAAAUGCUAUAAAUUCUAUUGAAAAAAGAAAGAAAAAGAAAAAACCCAAAGUAAAAGAAGAGUCACUAACAGAUUUCACUACAGAUGAUAAAAACAAUGAUAUUUCUAAUAACAAAAAUAUCAUUGAAGUAAAUACCGAAGAACCUCCUGAAAAGAAAAAGAAAAAAGAAAAGAAACGUGAUAUUGAUGAAAAUACGGAAUCAGUAACAACGAAUUCUGAAACAAUUAUUGAAGAUUCUAAUAAAAAAUCAAAGGAAAAAAAAGGAAAAAAACCAUGAAAAUUAAUUAAAUAUCAAAGAAGUUAUUGACAUUUCUAACAAUAAGAGAAAACAUUUCGAAGAAUCUGUAGAACGGAGUACUAAUGAACUAAAUGAAGACAUGCGUAAAAAAAGAAACAAAAAUUAAUAAUAAGUUAUUGUUUUAUACUUUUUAAAUUUUAAUAAAAAGAAAUC